CGCAGCUCAAGGUCCAAGGUACAACAAGUUAGUAGCUGCAUGCACAAUCGACUUACUACCCUCGUCUAUUUUUUUUUUUUUUUCAUUUUUUUUUUCAAGUAUUUGAGCUUCUUACAUCGAAUGCUCGUGAGUACCAGGCCCGCCGGACCGCUCAGGCGUCUUCCACUGUGUCUAUCUCUUGCCUCCAAACCGGUUCAUUGCUCUCCCUGCUCACUUCGACAAGCAUCGAUUCACCGUGGUCCUACACUGGUGCCAACUCAAAGGCGGAGCUUCAUCAUACCAUCAAACAACAUGGAUCUCAAGUCAUCUUCCUUUACCAAUGCUGUGGUGUCCGCCAUGAGAUCAUUGUAUCCCGAGGAACUCGCAGAUAGAGCUUGGGAUAAUGUUGGUCUGCUGUUGGAAAAUACCGAAGGUCCUGGGUUAGCACCUGUGGUUCUCUUGACAAAUGAUGUGACUGGUGCUGUUGUAGACGAGGCUAUUGCCAAGAAUGCUUCGGUUAUUGUCAGCUAUCAUCCGCCAAUUUUCAGAGGACUCAAGUCAAUCACUCUUAAAGACCCUCAACAACAGCUCCUCCUUCAGCUUGUCAAGCAUAACAUCGCUGUCUAUAGCCCGCACACAGCUGUGGACGCAACGCCAGGGGGUCUCAACGAUUGGCUGGCAGAUCUGGUUUCGGCGGCUGCGAACGACUUCCCCCACGUCAAAGUCGAACGCACGAAUGCCAAACCUGUGACAUCGGCAAUCCCCGCAGGGUUCGAGGGCGCUGGCUACGGACGCGUGUGCAAGUUCAGUGAACCCAUCCCUUGGCCCAGGGUAGUGCAUGCAGUAGCGCAAAAGCUGGGUCAGAGAUACGUCUCUCUUGCGACACCUCGUGGUUUCCCCAAGGGCAUGCCGCGUGGUGACGACGCCAGCACUCCGACAGUCACGUCGGUAGCUGUCUGCGCGGGAUCAGGAGCGGAUGUUCUCGGCGGUUGCGGAGCCGACAUGCUGAUCACUGGCGAAAUGAGCCACCACGCAGCCCUGCACGCGACGAUGCGAGGGCAGAUGGUGAUGACGGUCUUUCACAGCAACUCGGAGAGGAGAUUUUUGCGCGAUGUGAUGCAAGGCAAGCUUUCCGAGGCGGUAAGAGCGCACUUCUCGCAGACUGCAAGUGUGCUUGUGAGCGAAGCAGAUAGUGAUCCAUUUGAGGUUUGGGACCUGAACAGCGUAUAAGCUGGGACGUCAAUACUGGCCAUAGCACAAUGUCGUCUAGAUUAAACUUUCAGCCUUAUUUUUCCGCGAUUAGGGCGAAUACAAAGUUCUGGCUUCAUAUGUGGGUAUAUAUUACUUGCGUGACGGGGAUGUUGAGCAGAACUUGGAA